AUGCCGAAGCGAAAGAUUGAUGUGCGCUCGACGGUUGGCGAUAUUCUCGACGACUUCGCCGAAUGGACCUCGAUUCACGCUGUGCCGCACAUCGCGCUCGCCGACACCGUAUGCAUCGCGCUGUUCUGGACGGUCGUGUUCGUGGUGUGCGCCGCACUCAUGGUCUACUUGAUUUACACCUCGAUCCACAACUUUCUGAGCUAUCAAACAACGCUGACGCCGAGGCGGGUCAGUGGGGAGCAGAACUUUCCGUGCGUCACCAUUUGCAAUGUCAGCCCGUGGAAGCUGUCCAAGGCGCCGGGGACGGAUUUGGAGGCGUUGGUAAGGGGUUUGGUUAGGGUCUGGAAAGUACCGCAACGCUCAGAUUUUGAUGAAACUUGGCACAAAUUUAAACAAUUUUUUUGACCGAAGUUUUCCCUCUAUUCAGAUACAAAAAGCAUUUAAACUCGAAACUUUUCUUUUAUUCGUUGUAAAAUUGCAGAUAGAAGCCUACAAUGCGAACGCAGUCUCAUCGACUUACGGCUUUGAUAAGCCUUUCACGAUGCGGGAGGCCAUGCGAGCCCACCGAUGGACCGAGUUUAUGUUUGAGGUGUUGAAAGAGGCUGAUGUAAAUGUGCGUUUACUGCUCUACACAGUCAUGAACUCUAUUUGUUUUAGGGCUCAGCAAACUUGUCCUUCGACUUUCAAGAUGAUUUGUUGGUUACGUGCGAGUUCUUGCAAAAUGAUUGCAAUUUUACGUACGUUUUUUUUGGCGUUUUGGUUACUUUUCUCUCUAAUUUUCCGCGGAAAAAACAGAUUUUUUAUGAAAACAUUGCACAUCGCCAAAUGUUCAUAAAUUUUCAUUCUUAGCAACAACAUAAAGUUCUUUUACGACGCCUACUUUGGGAAAUGCGCGAUCCUCAACUCCAAUGGGACGUGGAAAACGACGCGCGCCGGCCCCUACUACGGUCUUCGGAUCACGCUUAAGACGCCGAGCAGUGAAUACCUACCGUGGGUUCAGGACGCAGGAGUCGUCUUCUAUGUUCACGGAACUGGCGAGACCCCUUUUGAGGACACUUUUGGAUACCUCGCAAAAGUGGGAAGAGUCUCGUCGGUGGGAGUGAAGUAUUUUGAGAGGAAAAAGUUGGGCCAUCCCUACUCGACUUGCGUGAAUAAUGCGACGGAUUUGAACGACUAUUAUGGGAAUAAAUACGAAGUGAGUUUCUAUGUAAAAUUUGAAAAUUUUCUAUAAUAUCAGUCUGUCGGGAAAAUAAUGAGCAAUCUCUGCCCUAUCGAAAACCGCAUCGCCGUGGAGAAAAUGAAAUGUGUCGCGGCAAAAUCAAAUUGCUUUUCACUUCAGCGACAUGAUGUUCAUUAUUUUCCCGACAGGCUGAUAUGAGAAACGUUUGAAAUAAAAAAUAUUGGUUUUACCUGCAAACAGUCCCAUCCCAAAUGCUCUUGCAAGAUCUUUUAGCGGUUGACGCAAGUUCUUUUAGCGGCCCAGUUUCUUGCCAGACGUUUGAGGAAGGACCGGAUUUUGGGAAAACGAAGCGCAGGAAACCAAUAAAUUUUCGUUGUAUCAGGCUGUCAAAAAAAUAAUGAACACUAUUCGCAUCGAAAAUCGCGUCAAUGAAGAGAAGAGCGAUUUGAUUUUCGGCGACACAAUUUAUUUUCUCAGCGACGAUAUGAUUUUCGAUGCGAUAGAGUGCUCAUUAUUUUCCCGACAGACUCGUAAAUUCCACUGUGUUCUUCAAAGUUCCUUAUUUUUAGGUCGAAGCCUGCAUUCGCAGCUGCCUUCAGGACGCGAUAAUUUCGAGCUGUGGUUGCUAUGAUCCACAAUACAAUUACCCGUCGGACGUCUCCGUCUCCUCUUGCUACAAGAGCAACGACUCAAAUACCGCAAGUAAGUUGGCAUUGUUUGCAUAAAAAAUGUAUAACGUAAAAAAUUUCUCCUGCAUUACUUAUAAAGUUCUCGUUUUUAGUGGACUGUGCGGACGAGAUUAUCAACGAAAAUGGAAUAACAAAUACCACGGAAGCGUUCAGUAUCAGUUCUUGUAAUUGUCCGCCAAGUUGUGAGUAAGUCUGUUUUGUCUGUAGGAUCUUUAGAGCAAUUGCUGUUUAAUGCACUUGAACUGCACUAAUCCCAAGAUUUACGUGGCCAAAAUUUAAUGAACAUGGUGUUUUGUCGCAAAUAGAAUUUUGGAGAAGUCUUAUGGCUGUGUUUUCUUGUCUAGCCGAGACAAACCCUUGCUUUCCGAGAAGAAAAUUUUUGAUUUAUGACCUCGUUCACACAUUGGUACAGGUUCUCAAAACCUUCAAUAAAAUCACACAAUCAAUGUCGCACUUGGCAAAUUUCUAUAGUUGAUCACUCAAAUUGCUAAAGUCUUAAUUUGUUCGAGGCGCUUUGGCCCACGUAGCCCCAUUUUCAUUUUUCAGCCAGUCGUAUUAUCAAAUUUCCAUGUCGCAGGCGGUAUGGCCGGCCAGAUCGUAUACGGUGAGUCGUCGACGCUGACGUUUGUUAUGACUUUCAUCUCCUUUUCGAAGCCCUGGUAGACCCAUGACUCGGUCCUCAAGAAUUUUUUUACUUUGAUUGUGCUAUUAGUUUGUCGGGAAGAUAAUGAGCGCAAUGUCGUUGCACCGAUCGUAUCGCUGAACCGAAAUGAUGCAACUUGAUUUUGUCGCAAUACAAUUAACUUUCCCGGUGGCGAUGCCAUUUUCGAUGCUACAGAGUGCUCAUUAUUUUCCCAGCAACUGAUAUAAUAUUUCAGCCGGCUCAAUGUCUGAACAUGAGCGAAUCCACAGCGUUUUGGACGACAACCGCAGAAUGCAUUGCCUGGUACAAGAACAAUACCGUUUUGAUCGAGAUCUACUAUGAACGAACCUCCUGGCAAAGCAGUGUUGAGACGGCCUCGUAUACAGCAAGUUUUAAGCGGCUCUUGGCCCUUUCGUUGUCACCCUAAAAACAUGUUUUCUUUCAGUUGGUAAAUCUGAUCGCUGAUACUGGAGGCCAACUGGGUUUAUGGCUUGGGAUGAGUGUGAUUUCGAUAUUUGAGUUGGUAACUCUGGGAGCCAUCUUGAUCGCAUAUUACAUCAUCAAACCUGACCCACCAGAUCUCGAGAAUUACGAUUACUUUGAUCAGUUUGAUAGUCAGGUAAGGAGGGCACUAAACGGAGAAAAAUUUGGAACCCUUGUUGAGCAGUUACACACCAAAUUUGUAAUGAUGGUCGAUUCAAAGGCGCGACGACCUUCCACGUUUUUUAACGAUAGACUGAUACAGUGAGGGACCUGAUCCAGUGAAAAAAACGUUCCAUUUUGCAUCCGGGAAGUAUCAAAAAUGUCGCAGAAUGCUUCCCUCUCCAAGUGAAAAAAAACUCUAAUUUCAAAAGCGCGCCCACCCUUUUUGUGAGGAAAAAGAACACGCCCUUCAAAACAAAGCUUUUUCACUUGAAGAGGGGAGGUAUUUUGCCACAUUUUUUAUGCUUCCUGGAUGCAAAAUGGUACGUUUUUUGCCACUGGAUAAGGUCCUUCACUGUAGUUAUUUUAUGUUAACUUUUUUGGAGACUUUACCGAACUCCAACUAAAUAAUGUCAAAAUAAAAAAAAAACUAACGUCCCAACUCGAGCCGGGUGUCGCAAGGCCGAUAAAAUUUCGUUACGUACCAUACCGACUACCCACGGCGAAAAUCAGCGACUAAAAUGUCAACAAUGACCGUUUGAAAAUCUUGAAAGUGUUUAUGACUGAAGACUUUGCAAUUUUUUUGUAACGCAAUGAAUUCAUUUUUCUUUAAUUUUCAGUUGAAACUCCAACAAAAAUCGCUGAACAAACUCAACAGCCGCGACUCUCAUAUUCCCCCGAUGAUUGCUGAAGCGGCUCCAGUGCCCGCCGUCACCGAUUUGGGCUCGAUUCAUGACUAUGGCAAGGAGAGUCAGAGCGCAGACUCCAGGAGGGUCGCCAGCAAUGACUCAAAACCGCCAAUGGAGCAUGCUGGCAGCAGCACUUCAUUGCUGAAUAGUCAAGACAAAAAGAGUCAAUAA